AUGAAGCUUGGAAAUUUGGUCCUCCCUGUAAAACCACUGUGCCUUGACGGAAGAGGGCAUUUCCAGGGGCACCCACCCACCAGCGCAUCCAUAGCCUCCACGGACAUGGGGCUGCUGCUGCAAGAUGAUGUUUUUGUUGACUUUUUCAACAUCUUUCUGAGCCUUCCUAUUUUUGGGCAGACACCCCUUUACAUCAGCGGCAUGGGCCGGUGGUGCCUGUGGCCAGAGCUGCCGAGCCACCUGGAUGCCAGCCCCGCGGCUUUGCUGGCUUGGUUGGAAAAGCAGCGUCUGCCUCACUUCUGCAAAUCCAGCCUGUGCCUGCACCUCGUCCUCUGCCAGAGGCUGCUGGCGUUCAUUCGCUCGGGGGAAGCAGCAGAGCUGCUGAACUGGCACAGCGCUGACCAGUGGCUGCUGGAGAGGUGCAUCAGCGGGAGCCAGGGCAUGCGGCACCUCUGCGCCUUCCUCCGAGGAACUGCAGGGGAAGAACUGAUGGACUUCUGGCUCAUCACUGAGAGGCUCCUGGGUCUGGAUGAGUCGGAUGGGAGUCAGAGGGAGCUGUUCUUGUCCCUGGAGCACAGGCUGAGAGCCACCCACCUGCGUGAAGGCUCCAGUGUCCUCACCUUCUGCACCACCAUCGUGGGAUCUCUUCCAAAAGCCAAGCACAUCCAGUCCAUCAGCACCAGGAGGGAGAUCCUAAGCAAGAUGCAGGAACAGGUCCUGUUCGUGAUUCAGAGUUACUGGCUCCCUAAAUUCCUCAUGCACUGCAAGAUGGGGAUGGAGGAAGAGGAAUUGUGCUGGCCUUUGCUGCAGGAGUAUCAGGAACGUUUGUCACAGGCUGGCUGGCAGCCCCCAGGCCUUGCAGAGCCCCUCCCCACCAUGCACAUCAAAAGGAGCCAGGGUGUGCCAGGGCCCUACUGCAGCCAGAAGGCCAAAGCAGAGGUCUGGGCUAUGGUCAAGGAAGGGAGAGACAGCAAAGAAUUGAAAAUGGCCACUUUUCAGGUGAAAGCAGAGAAGCAGCCAGGGCCAGCUGGGAGCAGGGAGGAAUUGUGGCUGGAUAAGAAUGCUGUGGGAUCAACUCCCCAGCAGUCACAGCAUCCUGCCUUUGGAGGCAGAGGAAGAGCAGCAUUUCCUGGCAGACCACAGUCCAGUGCAAAGCAGGAUCUGCAAAACCUCUGUAAGGUGAAAAUGCUCCCUGACCUGCUUCCCUCUGCAUCCCUUGCCCGGCUGCCAUCCCUGAAAAAGCCAGUCAAGACCCUGGAUUUCCUUCCCUGGGCCCUGAGUGCCGAGGCUUGUGCUGGAAGACCCUUCAGAGAUUUCCUGCAGCACCAGAACAGGCCCAUGGAGACUCUUCUCCUGGACCUGUGGCAUGACCUGGAGGAGUUUCUGCCCGUGGUUCUGGACUCCAGCAGAGAAAACAGCUUCUCCCUGCGCCAUCUGAUUGGGGAGAAGAUCUGCAAGACCUACCUGGAGGACAGCAGCAUUGAGAAGCUGCCCUUGGAGACCAGGACCCUCGUGAGUUUGUGGAACCGUCUGACAUAUGGAGAAUUCUCCCCCUGGAUAUUCAGAGCCCAGAAGGAGAUUUGCAAGGUGCUCUGUGGCCUCUAUGAGGAAUUUCUGGCUGCUGACGACAGAACAUUCCUCCAGUUUAUGGCUCCAGGCAUGGAUGUCCCCAUGGCCAAGGUGCCAGGUCGUGCUGCUGGCAGAUGGGGACAUUCCCACCUGUCCCAGAGGAUGAACCAGGCCCUGCAGCUGAGCCAGGCCCUGCAUGGCACGAGGAGCUUGGAGGGGGUCUCCUCCAAGGACUGGCAAUUGCUUGCUGCUCGGGACCUGCAGAAAGGGGGCUCCAUCCAGGCAGAGAUGGAGCUGCUCCUGGGCAGCGCUGAAUCCCAGAGGAUGAUAGCAGAUGAGCUGGCUGUGAGCAGCCCCAGCAGGGAAGAGGAGCUCCUGCAGCUCACAAAGGCAGCACUCGGCUGGAGGAGGAGGCAGGAGCAGCAGCAGGAUUUGUUGCCCUGGAACAAAAAGCCCAGGUCGAGGCGUCCUCGGUUUGUGCAGGAUGGGACAAGGGACCUCAAGACACCGAGGAUGGCAUGGGCCUGGGAUGCCAUCCGGGAGCUUGUCAGGAGCUACUGCAAGUUCAGGAGGGACAUGAAGAAUCAAACACGCUGUGCAGAAUUUCAGCAUUUUCUCCGUCAGGAGCGAAGAAACAAGAGGGAAAGUAUGUCCAGUGUCCCUCCACCCCUCCCUCCCCUGGGUUUAGGUAGAGAAGAAAAUGGAGAAGACCAGGAAACCUGUCCCUUACCUCCCACCACCAUCACUUACCCAGAUGGGGUGAAGGAGCAAACCCAGCGCUGGGCAGCAGCACACAGCAUCUCUUCCCCUGCCUCAGACUUGCCUGUCAAGGAGAAGAAGAGCAAAAGUCCUGCCAAGAGUCCUGCCAAGAGCCCCCGCAAGGGCAAGGGCAAGGGCCAGCAGCAGCAGGUGACGCUGAUCAAACGCCGCAUUUUGGACAAACAGAUCAUCGUUGUCAACUUCCUCGUGGAUGACCUCCGCUUUUACCUGGAGAUGGACAGGUUUUCCAAGCUGGCUGACGGCAUGGAAGAUGCAGAACCCCAGAACACGGAGUCAGGAAACUACAGUUCCUUUCUCAAAAAGAAACUUGAGAUCAUCAGCAAACUUUUCCUCAACUCUGACAUCCCCCCCAAGCUGAGGGUGAACAUCUCUCAGAAAGACAGGGAUUUCAUCUGGCGUUCAUCCUCCAAGGGGCCGCUGACCCGGGCCAUCUACCACAACGCCAAGGUCACCCUCUUCCCCAUCCUGAUGUUCUUCUGGAGAAGGUUCUGCACCUGGAAGGUGAUGAGGACCUUUCAGGCCUACCAGGAGCUGAGCAGGUUUGGGACCCUUGAGGAGGAGGAGGAGGAGAACUCUGAGCUCCCUGAUGAGGGGGACAGGAGCUCUCAGGAGGCCAAGGGAGGUAAAAAGGCUCUCCUUUCCUACAACAUGUCAGAUGGCCUUGGGCUCCUGCUACCACGGCCCCCAAAGAAAACUGAGCCUCCAGAGGAGCAAAAAGCUGCAGAUGCCAGUGGGGAGAAGAGGCCCUCGCUCACUGAGCCCGCCCUGCAGGCUGGGCCCUAA